UGAACAAGCGCAGCUCCCAAGGCAGGGACGUAUCGCAGGAUUAUGUUGGCUGCAACGAUCACAGCAGCGCUGAUCUGUUUUGUGGUGCAACGCUCUGGAGCCUUGGCCCUCGGUACAGCAUGUUGGGACGAACGUCUAUCGCGAGCAGGGAGAAACAACAGCUGUGUGGCCUCACAGCCCUUCCUGAUCUUCGGCCAUGGGAAAGCUAUUCACCGGAUGGACCUCGAUGGGAAGAACCAGAGAAGGCUCGUGGUUGGGGUGGGAAGCUCGAUCCUGCUCGACUUCCACUUCAGAGAGGAAAGAGUUUACUGGGUUGACAAACCCACUGGGGUCAUCUACAAAGCAUCAGUGAGGGGAGCACACAGACAGAAACUGUACUCAUCGGACAAACAUAUCUCGGGCCUGGCAGUGGACUGGAUUUGGAACAGUGUAUAUUGGACAAGUGAAGAAAAGGGAAAAAUCAAGACAAUGGAUAUAAAUGGGAAAAAUGAAAGAACUCUUUUAAGACACUUGACCAAACCGAGUUCUAUAAACGUUGACCCAACUAACAGGUUUCUUUUUUGGCUGUCUGGCGGGAUGACUCCAAGCAUCCAGCGGUGUGAUGCGACCGGACAGAUGAAAACUACACUUCUUAAGAUAGCAGAACAACUGGAAGCGCUAUCGAUCGACCGAGAGGAGAAGAGACUGUUCUGGGUUCAGUUUGGUCUACAAGGAGAAGGUGCCAUUGCCUCUUGUGAUUACAACGGGAACGUACAGCACAUCAUAGACCAGCCCCUUCGUUCUCCUUCAACGGGGAUAUCAGUGUUUCUGGAGCACGUGUACUACACUGAUGCUGCAUCUCGGGUUAUAAAACAAGUAAACAAGUACACUGGUGGAGAGCCGCUGAACGUUAACGUAAAACAAAUGGCAAAACCCCCAAACGCUGUGAAGGUGGUACAUCCCCUCAACCAGCCAAUGACAGACUCCCACUCAUCAUAUCCAGGUUGUGAUGAACAGAGCGGAAGUUGCGUGAAUGUGUGUUCCAGUGUAGCCGAGCGAGGGACGUGCCAGUGCAGUCACGGCUUUACUCUCAGUAACCAAGGCACUUACUGUGAAGAUGUGAAUGAAUGUGCCCAUUGGAACCACGGCUGCUCUCUUGGUUGUGAAAACAUCCCAGGAUCCUAUUUCUGUACCUGCCCUAAAGGUUACGCCCUCCUCCCGGACAGGAAGACAUGUGGAGAGAUCACACCAUGUGAAGGCAAUAUCACCAAGUGUGGCCAUGGAUGCCUUACAACAGAGGAAGGUGCUGUCUGCGUGUGUCCAGAGGGAUCUUUACUGCAGGACGAUGGACGAGCCUGCACUGGCUGCUUGUCUGCAGACAGAGGGGGUUGCAGUCAGCUGUGUACUCCUGUCACCCCUAGCAGGUGGCAGUGUGGUUGUCUGCCUGGCUACCAGCUCCACCAAGAUCGCAUGCGCUGCAUUGCCUCUGGUCCACCACCUUAUCUACUAGUUGCCAAUCUAGUGAAUGUACGACAAAUUGAUCCUGAUGGCACUGGGGAUCAAACCGUUGUGGAGGAGCCCAGAGGAGCAAUCAUCGCUUUGGACUACGACCCUGUCCAGAACAAUGUGUACUUUGCUAGUACAAGCCAGAAGACGAUUGAGCGAGUAAAUUUGAACAGUGGUUCGAGAGACGUUCUGGUCUCUGAUGGUUUGGACUCUCCAGAAGGGCUGGCCAUUGAUUGGAUCCACCGCAGGAUGUACUGGACAGAUAAAAGCCAGUCAACUGUGGACUGCAGUACCCUGACUGGACUGAACAGAGAAACCCUUGUAAGCAAAGGGCUGGAAAAACCAAGAGGAAUUGCAGUUCAUCCUUUGGCAAAGAAGUUGUUCUGGACUGAUAUAGGGGCCCAGCCUGUCGUGGAAAGUGCUUCUUUGGAAGGAAAGGACCGUGCAGUCAUUGCUAGCACCAACCUUGUGUCACCGAGCGGCCUGACCAUCGAUUUCACAGAGGAUCGUCUGUUCUGGUGCGACCAGAGGAGGGGCCUUGUGGAGUCUGCUGCUCUGGAUGGUUCAGAUCGACAGGUCCUGUUAGAGAACCAAGUAGCUCGACCUUUUGACCUUGCAGUAUUUGAGGACAGGUUGUGGAUAUCUGAUCGGGAGCACCAGCAGCUGAGGAGCGUACACAAGAGGACUGGCAGAAAACUGCAACGCAUCCAUAGCAACAUGGUCCAACCAGCAUCCAUUGUGGUGGUUCAUCCCCUCGCUAAACCAGGGGCAGACGUUUGCCUUCACCUGAAUGGAGGAUGUGCCCAGGUGUGUGAAAGCAAACUGGGAUUCGCUCACUGCUCCUGUCUGUCACGCUACAGCCUGUCAGCUGAUGGAAGAAGUUGCUCGCCGGUCGAUGCAUCGAAUGGAACAGCAGAAUCUGGAGAUUUAACGUCUCUAAAAAACAAAACGUUCAACGAUGAGCGUACACCCCUGACAACACUUGGACGGUCAACUGAUGAAGUCGAGGCUGAUCUAGACUCUGACGAAGGCAACGAGCCGACUCUCUUCACAGACAAGAUGGUUUCAGACCAGAAUGAGUGUUAUUCACCUCGCUGUGAUGUAAAUGCACAGUGCCUGCUGAGCGCUGGCAGCCCAACCUGUCUGUGUCUAGAAGGUUUUACAGGUGAUGGACAGCUGUGUGUGGAUAUCGAUGAGUGUAAACGGGGUACGCACAAAUGCGACAAAAACGCAGAAUGCCAAAAUGCCUUGGGAAAGUAUGUCUGCGAGUGCCGGGCUGGAUACCACGGCACCGGGAACACGUGUCAAGGUUUGGAGACCACAUCGCCAUGGGUGACGACCAGUAGCCCUGCUGAUGUCACCACCCGGCACCACAACAGUAACUCGGUGGAGAGUUGCCCCUUCACCCAUGAGUCCUACUGUCUGUACCAGGGGGUCUGCUUCUACUUUCCUGAAAUGGAGUCCUAUGCUUGCAAUUGUGCAUCAGGCUAUAUGGGAGAGCGUUGUCAGUUCAGUGACCUGGAGUGGUGGGAGCUUCAGCAGGCUGAGGAGGAGAAGAGGAGGAACGUGGUCAUCGCUGCCUGCAUGGUGGUCGUCGUUUCCCUGCUCUCCAUCGCUGCCUGUGUCACCUACUGUUACGGAACCAGAAGAUUCUUUCACAAACAGCCCUCAGGGGAUAAUGUGAGUGAGACCAGCGUGACAGAUGAGAGCAUGUCAGAGACCACCACUACCAGUGUGCCACGGUUCUACAUGGUGGCAGAAAACGGUGUGGAAGGAUUGGUCCUCCCUGCCAUGGGCUGUCCCAGGAGAGCAGUCUGUCCAUCCUGCUCUUCAGAAACAGGUGACAACCCUGUGUCUGACGAGUCGGGGACGUUGUCCCAACGCAACAGAGGAUAUGAGUGCUCCAUGGUGUCGGCUGUUGCCGUGGAGAUCACGCAACCCACUGUCCAUCACUCAAAUCUGUCACUGUCGAGCUCGUAUACUUGUGCGUCAUUCAAGCCGCUAUUGCUCUCCCAAAAUCCCAGCCAAGAGUUCGACGCCUCCUAGUUUACCAGAGAGGCCGACACAGCUGUUACAGUUAACAACACACAAACUGUAACAUCUGGCUGAUGGACGAACUGCACAUUUUUCAUUCCAAAAUGAAAUACCUCACAAGUGAAAGAAAUGUCAUAGAAGCUGUAACCUAGUGCAUAAAAGGUUAUUGGUUGCA